UUAAACUUUAUAUUCUACAUAGUACAUACUCUGUUUUACUUUUACUAAAUUAAAAUGAAAAUGGUUUCGGCUGAACGUAACUUAAUAACUUUAACAAUGGUUCUCUUUGCCAUUACUUCUUAUGCACAAGGCGACUUUUUAGAUGACUGUACACAAACAUUAACAUUUCUUGGAUAUACUGGAAAAUUUUCUGAUGAUACACGUUUGGAUAUAACGAAAGACUCGGUACAAGCUAAAUAUAACGCAAAUAAUCACGAUAUUAAAAACAAAUAUAAUGAGGAAACAAUGUAUGCAAUAGGGUUUUAUUAUUUAAUGGUUUUACCUACGGUACCUAAUGCUGCUAAUUGUAUUGAAGUAGUCUGCAGUACACUCAACGCUAUGGAUAAGAAAAAAGGAGAUGGAAGUGCAUUGGCAUAUGUUAAAAAGGCAGCAGAAAAUGACCUAAACCUGCAAUACAAACAAAUAUAAGGAUAAUUCUUAAAGUUAUAAGUCAAGUACAAAAUUAAUUCAAGCAAACAUUUAUAUGAUUUAUAUAAAUAUAUAGAUUCAAAAUUAAUAUACCGAUGUAUAUAUAUUUUUUAAUAAAUUUACUGAUGUAUGAUUUCAA